CGCAUGCUGACGCAGCUACCCACCUGAACUAUUAUAAUCAGUUGAAUUGGUGACUUUUUCAGCCAAGACAAUAUUGCAAUUUACUGUGUAAACAAUGGAUAGCUCUGAUUAUUUGUUGCGUUUGUGCGAUGGUGGUGACACUAUCUGUGCAGGAACUGAGAAGCAGACUUCCGCUGGUUCCUAAUCCUAAUACUCCGCCGCGGGUGUUUGCAGUAACCCGAUCCAUGUUUCAUCUUUUCCUCCAGCAGCAACAGUGAGUUUCUCCUGGUGGUAGCGCUGCAAUUCCCGGUGUGUUUUCCGACAAGAAUAUGGCUGAUUUAGGGGACGAUACCGGUGCCCGGGCCUUGCUGGCACUGAAGUCUGCACCUUGCAGCCCGGUCCGAGUGGCGGUACCACCCGUGUACCCGCUUUCCUCGAAUCCGGUUGGGAUCACACCCAUUCCCCUCUCUUCUCCUCCGAGGGCCCUAGCCCGCCUGGAAGGCAGGGACUUCGAGUUUGUGAUGCGGCAGAGGACGGUGACCGUGGGCCGGAACUCCUCGCACGGCUCCGUGGAUGUCAACAUGGGCCACUCAAGUUUCAUCUCCAGGCGACACUUGCAGAUUACUUUCGAAGAACCGUUUUUCUACCUACGCUGUCUGGGAAAGAAUGGUGUUUUCGUGGACGGUGUGUUCCAGAGGAGAGGGGCUCCUCCACUUCAGCUACCUAGAGAGUGUACAUUUCGUUUCCCCAGCACUGUCAUUAAGAUCCAGUUUACCUCGCUGUACCACAAAGAAGAGGUGAAGGAGGAAGCCCCAUUAUCCCCAGUGAGGCCUCUUUAUGCCCAGAUCUCUCCUCUGAAAAUCAACAUUCCUGAUCCUGAUUUCAGAACCAUGAUGAGUCCGCUGCCUUCUCCUACUGGCACCAUCAGUGUUCCCAAUUCCUGUCCAGCUAGUCCGCGUGGAGCGGGGUCCUCAGGGUAUCGGUUUGGACGAAACAUUACCUCAGAACUGCAGCUGGCUGCAGAGUUCGCCGCCAAAGCAGUGUCGGAACAGCAGGCUGAGACAUCGGGAGGCGACAGCCCAAAGGAUGAAUCCAAGCCUCCCUAUUCAUAUGCGCAGCUCAUUGUUCAAGCCAUCUCUUCUGCUCAGGACAGACAGCUAACACUAAGUGGCAUCUACGCUCACAUCACCAAGCAUUAUCCCUAUUACAGGACUGCUGAUAAAGGUUGGCAGAACUCCAUCCGGCAUAACCUGUCCCUAAACCGCUACUUCAUCAAAGUGCCGCGGUCACAGGAGGAGCCGGGCAAGGGCUCCUUCUGGAGGAUCGACCCCUCCUCUGAGGCCAAGCUGGUAGAGCAGGCUUUCCGCAAGCGGCGGCAGAGGGGAGUGUCCUGUUUCCGCACCCCCUUCGGACCCCUCUCCUCCAGAGCAAAGAGCGCGCCUGCCUCUCCCACCCACCCCGGCCUGCUCUCUCCUCACUCGAGUGGGCUGCAGACCCCUGAGUGUUUGUCUCGAGAGGGCUCCCCCAUCUCACACGACCACGACUUUGGAUCGAAACUGGCUUCUGUGCCUGAGUAUCGGUACUCGCAGAGUGCGCCAGGAUCCCCAGUGAGUGCCCAGCCUGUGAUCAUGGCCGUUCCACCCAAGCCACCCACUGUAGUGGCUAAACCUUUGGCCUACAUGCCUGCGUCAUUAAUCACCUCCCAGCAGCCCUCAGGCCAUGCCAUCCAUGUGGUCCAGCAAGCGCCCACAGUCACUAUGGUGAGGGUUGUGACUACCUCGGCCAACUCCUCUAAUGGCUACAUCCUUGCCAACACCACCCCAUCGGGAAACUUGCAGAGUGGAGGAGAGAGUUCUGGAGAAGCCAAAGGGGCUGGGGGUGAGGAGAAGCCUGUGGUGACCUAUACGUCCAUCCCCACUGCCAGCAGAGUGAUCCAGGCAGUGAGCAGCCAUGUCAGCCAGGCUGGCGGCGGGCAGACCUUUGCCAUUGUGCAGCAGGCAGCGCCCAUCUCCCUGGGCCAGCACCAGCUGCCCGUCCGACCCGUGACCCAGAAUGGGAAGCAUGCUCUCCCCAUGUCCAGCAUCUCCGGCAGUGCUUACGCCAUCACUAACCCACUUCAGAUCUUGGCAGCGCAGGCCAGCACCUCCACACCUGUUGUGGUCAACAGGCCACCAAGCGCUGAGGCAGAGCAGCCAGCUUCUGCACUAGGCGAGCCUGAGGCUAAGAGGCCUAAGGUGGAAGAGGACAGUGCAGCCCCUGUUCCUCAGCCUGUCAUUGUGGCCGUGACACCACAGCCCCAGGAGGCCACCGAGUGAAGGGCAGCAUAAGAGGAUAAGACCGGAAAUGGCUUUGAUCUUUUAGUGUGUUCCACAGUAACAAAAGCCCAAGGUGCCAAAUGAAUGGAGAAAACCAUCACUUGUUGUGUACUUUAAAUGUCAAAGAGGGAGGAACAGGCUAUUCAAAUACAGACAAUUGAUUGUAUAAUUUUUGGGAAAUGGGUUUUUGCUUUGUAAUGAGCAGAAAAAUGUAUUUGUCCAUUAAGCCUUAAAUAGUGUUCCUGCUAGUUUUUUGACCUGGAGGGUUUUUAAUAUAAUUAGUCCUUCAGAAAGGGAGAGGAACACAAUUCUGUAUAAGUUCUCAUGAGUAAGAGCAUUAAUGUUGCUUUUUAAUAGGUACCCUUGAAGUAGUGGUAUGUAAUUUAAGUCGGGUCAGGGUGGGACCAAAAUGAAUGCAGCUAUCGUUGUUCUUUGACAUCACUUACUUUUUAUAAUUAAAAGCAUUAUCUGUUUUAGGAGGCAGGAGAAUCAAAGUAUUGUCUCACCUUUAUGUGCGAGUAUUGUGAAUAGCUAUUUAUGUCCCAUUUUAUUAUUUAAAGUGAGCACCUGGGUUGUCAGGCAUGCUUCUUACACAAAAAUAACAUCUUUACAAAUUUAAUGGACAGAGAAUUGAAGCUAGUCUAUUGUUUGCCAGAGCCCUGGGUAGCAGAAGCUGCUUAAUGUGGUAAACAGCAUUUCUUAGCAAACAUACCAUUGUCAAGCCUAUAUAAAUGCAUUUUUAAAUAUCA